UGAAGAAACGGCGGCCAAGCCUGGAGGAGCUGCUCACGCUGCGUUUCUAAGUAUGUCGGCUAAAGGAACCAUCUUAGGAACCGCCACAAGAAUGUAAACUGGUGGCUCCCAAACUUUCUUUUUAGCAGCAGGAGCCUUUCUUUAAACAAAGCCUGAGACGACAAAGGGCUGCUCUGGCUGGAGGGGGGGCGGGGCUGACCGCUGGAAGGUCGAGGCCCCCAGCCCCCCCACCCCGUCCCCGCCCCCGCGGCUCUGCCCCACUCAGCCCGCAUCCUGCACCCCGUGAGGACACACAGAGCCGGAGAGAGAGCUCCAGAGCCAACCGAGAGCUAAGCAAACACACAGGCUCUCUGGCGGCGGGGGGCACCUGACUCCAGGAGAGGGUGUGUGGGAUAAAGCGGGGCUGACGGGGUGGGAAGCCACCUCCUGGGGCUCCUCGCCCCUCCCAGGACACUGCUGGGGCCACUAGCAUGGGGCUGGGACAAGGACCUGGGCCUGCAGCCUGGCCUUCUAGAGCAUUCCACCCAGAGCCCCCAGGGACGGGACAGCCCCUCCCUGGGCAGACCCCUGUUCCCGUGCCACCGGCAGGUCCUUCUCAAAGGCCAAAAGGAAACGUCCAGGAGGCUCCUGGCAACGGCACAGAGGAGCCAGCUGCCUGAGAGUCAACACAAGCCGGGCCCCAGGCCGCUGCCUCGAGUCGUAAAUACCGUAAAUACCGUGGGGCCAUGCGCGCAAUGGGCGCCUGUGCUGGGGCUGGGGAGCAGCAAACCCUUCCCACGGGGCUGCCCUCCGGGAAACGGCCGGGCCGCAGAUACGCCGGCAGCUGUCGGGCACACGCACUUGCGCACGUGCAGGAUCGGGAGUCGCGACACCAACAGGGGCAUGACGGCUGUGUCGAGAGGCGAGGAGCCCGGUGAGGGGAGCGCCAGCCGCGGCUCCGGCCGCCCCGCCCCGCAGCCCCACACAGAGCAGAGAGCUGUGUGAGGCGGGGCAGGGGCGGCGAGGGGCACCACCCAGCUGCUGACCCAGUUCGGGGAUGGACAGGAAGAUCCCAAGAACUGCAGUUCUGCCCCAAGAUGAGCACCCUUCAGGCCAACGGUCAAUGUGGGAGGCUCCCGGCGAGGAGAGGAGACCUCGGGCUCGGAGGCCCUCAGAUGGGCCGAGCCCCAGCUCCGAGGCCCCGGUACCGUUCCUUCUGAGCUCGGUUUUCCCAUCAGUACACAGGGAUACCGCCUCACCUGACAGGGAGCUCAGGGAGGGUUCCGAGACGGUGGGCGCCACGCUGCCCAGUGCGGAGUAAGCGCUCUUUCAAGGCUGGAUGUUAAAAUGUACAGACGGGCUUCUCGCCUCACGAAAACGUCUACGAGGCCUCUUGGGCCCUGCCCGUGCGAACAUCAACUGGGGUUCAGUGGCCUGACGCCCCCCCAACACCGUGGGCUGGCCCUCACGCUGACCAGCUGCAGGAGGGUUGACCAUUACUUACCCACCCGGGGCCACGAGAAAAGGGGGCCCGCGGCCUAGCGGCCCCAGGUGAGUUCGGGAACACACGGACGAGAGGCGGGGCUGCAGGGCGUGUGUCCCGCCAGGAGGGAGCGGCUGUGCUUCAGUGACGUGACUCGGCUAUUUCAGGGUCUGAAUUUGUGUUUUAGUCGUUUAUUUAACUCAAGGGGAAACUGUACUUUCUCAUGACUCACUGCUCUCAAAAUGGUGUCUCCAGCAUUUCUAGUGUUGAAGCCAUCUUGCGUGUGUAGCUGGCCAGAAACAGGUCUAAAAUCAAAUCAGCCCCAUUUAUGUGAUCGCGCCAUUCUUUAAAAAGCGAACCUAUUAGAAGCACAGCUGGAAAGAACCCUGAACACUAGUACUUUUCCAUAAAAAAUUCAACACUGUCUUCUGUGGAAACGUGUACAUUUCCCAAAGGAUGUUAAGUCAGCAUCGCUCAAAAAACACCUUCAAGCUCACGCGCACUCAGCUGGGAACAGAGCAGAAGGUUCGCAGCGCGCUGACCCCGGGGCUCAGGGAUCCCGCCCUCGCCCCACACUCCGUCCCACCAGGCGGGGGCUCACACUGCAGCGGUGUGCUUCGUUCCUCCACUCGGAGUUCAGUCUCACAGCUUCAAAAACCAACGAGGUGAAAACAGGGACACCCAAGAGGAAGGUAGGAGCUGGAUUAAAAUGCAGUGCUCAUGACAACCACGCAACUCUCCCGGCGGGCCUGCAGCGCUCUCAGCCCCGAGCUGAGCGUGUCCGGGGACGCUUGGGGCGGUUUUGCCAGCCUCUCCAGGCCGAUGGUGACAUCCAUCCGCCGGCAGGUGGGGUGCAUGGUCAGUCGGCACUGGAAGUGGGGUCAGGCCGGUCCUGCCGGCACCAGGGCAGGCGCACAGCGGGAGGGCGGGAGCCCUGGCGAAAAGAGGGGUCUUAGGCAACACCUGCAGGACAGGCACCUCCAGGGACUUCGGGAGCAAAGGGAAGGGGAGCGGAGGCUACUCAUCUACCCGACUCUGAGCUCACCUGCCGAAAAUACCUGCUACUUGCUGGGUUUACAUUUCUUUCUACAAGUGUCUUGUGAAACUCCUAGGUGAAAUUCUCUAUGUAUAAUUCACAUACUACUCUCCGAACUUAGGAAAUCUAGUUUUAGUUUUAAAGGCAGUCCAUUGCUAAAACAAGCAACAAUAUGUAAGCUUCACCAAAGGAUGACAGAUUUUUAUCUAAAAGAUAAGACCCAUUUACAAUCCCUUCAAACUUAAAAAGAGGUUUGUAUCAGUGGGUAAAAAAAAGCUGUUCAACUGGAAACUUCCCUGAAGACUCUUUGGUGGGACUGAGCUCAGUGCCAGAGGGGGAGAAAAAGGCCCAGCAAAAAAGGGGUUACAUCCGGACCUGUGGGAGGUGCCCGCCCGCCAGCCGCGGGCCUAUAAAGCCUGCCUGCGGCCGCCAGGGGCCAACCAUCCGACAACCGCCGACAACCGCCCGGGCUGCCUGCCGAGGACAACGGGCUGGCCUCCGGAGCCUCCACGCUCCUCUCUGGCGUCCCGCGAAGGUCCCGAUUCCACUCCCAAGUCCAGAAUCGCUGCCGCCCCCAGCCGUGAGCGCAUCCCGGAGGCUGGCUGAGCUGCCCUCCCAGGGACGGGGGACGGGUCUGCUCAGAGGACACACGCAGGUGGCCAGCGGCAGCCGCGCAGGUGCCCGGGAGUGAGGGGCUCAGGUGUGGCGUGGACACAGCCGCAGACCCAGAGGCCAGGCAGAAGCACAGGCCAGAGCGCAGGCGCCGACCUCCACCUCCGGUUGCACAAGUGCCCCUGGGGCCUGCUCCGCUUUUCCAGAUGCCUGGCUCGAUUCCAAGAGCAUCCCCUUUCCUUCUCAAGAGGGAUUUCCUGUUAAAAAACGGUUUCUGGGAGCCUUGCGGCAAAUCCUGAGAGGCCGGCUAUCCCUCCGGGCGCCCGGCCCAGCAUGGAGACGCCGCCGGGCGCCUCCAACGGCUCCUCCAGCGGCCUCGGCCUGCCCCGCGCGCUGGCCAACAGCUCGGCCGCGCUCUCGGAGCAGCAGCAGCGCGCCGUCGGGCUCUUCCUGUCCUGCCUCUACACCAUCUUCCUCUUCCCCAUCGGCUUCGCGGGCAACCUCCUGAUCCUGGUGGUGAACAUCCGCUUCCGGGAGAAGAUGACCAUCCCCGACCUGUACUUCACCAACCUGGCGGCCGCGGACCUCGUCCUGGUGGCAGACUCGCUGAUCGAGGUGUUCAACCUGGACGAGCAGUACUACGACAUCACCGCGCUCUGCACCUUCAUGUCGCUCUUCCUGCAGGUCAACAUGUACAGCAGCGUCUUCUUCCUCACCUGGAUGAGCUUCGACCGCUACCUGGCUCUGGCCAAGGCCACGCGCUGCGGCCCGUUCCGCACCAAGCCCCGCGCACGGCUGAGCUGCGGCCUCAUCUGGAUGGCCUCCGUGUCUGCCACCCUGGUGCCCUUCACCGCCGUGCACCUGCAGCACAGCGAGGACGUCUGCUUCUGCUUCGCGGACGUCAGGGAGGUGCAGUGGCUGGAGGUCACGCUGGGCUUCGUGGUCCCCUUCGCCAUCAUCGGCCUCUGCUACUCGCUCAUCGUCAGGGUCCUGGUGACGGCGCACCGGCACCAUGGGCUUCGCCCGCGGAGGCAGAAGGCUCUGCGCAUGAUCCUGGCCGUGGUCCUGGUCUUCUUUGUGUGCUGGCUGCCCGAGAACGUCUUCAUCAGCGUGCACCUGCUGCAGCGUGCGCCACCCGGGGCCGGACCCUGCCAGAGGUCCCCCCGCCACGCGCACCCGCUGGCCGGCCACGUGGUCAACCUGGCCGCCUUCUCCAACAGCUGCCUCAACCCCCUGGUCUACAGCUUCCUCGGGGAGACCUUCCGAGACAAGCUGCGGCUCUACCUGGAGCAGAAGACCAGCCUGUCCGCCCUGAACCGCUUCUGCCACGCGGCCCUCAAGGCGGCAGUCCCGGACAGCACCGAGCAGGCCGAGGUGAAGUCCAGCAGUGCCGUGUAGG